CUUGAUUCUAAUAAGCUUUUCGCCAUGGUAUAUUUCACAUUUACCGCUUCGGGGCGCAUGGAACCGACACCAAGUGCUCUUUCUCCACCUCUCGGUUGCUCGAUACCCCGUGGGUACGCCGCGCGUGGAGUCAUUGGAGGAAGUUCAUAUACUGAUAUAUUAACAAACAAACCGCGGGCCUAGGGACAGGACGGAUAGGUGUGGAAAAUACAGAUCAGCGCAGCUAUAAAGCGCUACGAUGUUGUACAUGUGGCGAUGCAUCUCCUCGAAGCCCUAUCAAACAUGUCCUCCAGGCUUUCUGUCGCAUUGAGCCUUCUGGCGACCGGUUCUCUCGUGGCCGCCGGCCCCUGCGACCUCUACUCAGCCGGUGGUACGCCAUGCAUCGCAGCACACUCGACGACUCGAGCCCUCUACAAUGCCUUCUCCGGGUCCUUGUACCAGGUGAAGCGCGGGUCGGAUAACACCACCACCAACAUUGCGCCAAUCUCGGCUGGUGGUGUUGCUAAUGCUGCGGCUCAAGAUACUUUCUGUGCCUCCACUACUUGCCUUAUAACCAUCAUCUACGAUCAAUCCGGCAGGGGCAACCAUCUCACCCAAGCUCCACCCGGCGGCUUCAAGGGCCCGGAGACCAAUGGCUACGACAACUUGGCCAGUGCGACUGGAGCUCCGGUUACGCUGAACGGACAGAAGGCUUAUGGUGUCUUCAUGUCACCUGGUACCGGCUACCGCAACAACAAGGUCAGCGGUUCAGCUGUAGGCGAUGCUGCUGAAGGCAUGUAUGCUAUCUUCGAUGGUACUCAUUACAACGACGGGUGCUGUUUCGACUACGGAAACGCCGAGACCAGCAGCCUCGACACAGGCAAUGGUCACAUGGAGGCUCUCUACUUCGGCACUAACAGUAUUUGGGGUAGUGGUUCGGGAAGUGGGCCGUGGAUUAUGGCCGAUCUUGAGAACGGCUUGUUCUCUGGCCAAGGCUCGAAGCAGAACACCGCGGAUCCGACCGUCACCCACCGAUUCCUCACUUCUGUCCUCAAGGGUGGUCCGAACAAGUGGGCGAUCAAGGGCGGCAAUGCUGCGUCGGGCUCACUAUCGACCUACUACAAUGGCGCACGCCCGACCGCUUCGGGAUACAAUCCCAUGUCGAAAGAGGGAGCUAUCAUUCUAGGUAUCGGUGGUGACAACAGCAUUAGCGCUCAAGGUACUUUUUACGAGGGUGUGAUGACCAGCGGUUAUCCUUCCGACGAUGUUGAGAACUCUGUUCAAGCCAACAUUGUGGCGGCCAAGUAUGCCACUACAUCGAUGAACAGCGGCACGGCCCUCACCGCUGGUCAGUCAAUCUCACUUCGCGUUACCACCUCUGGAUACGACACACGCUACUUGGCUCACACUGGCGCCACUGUAAACACUCAAGUCGUUACAUCGUCAAGCGCCACAUCCCUCAAGCAGCAAGCCAGCUGGACAGUUCGCACAGGUCUCGGCAACAGUGCCUGUUGGUCGUUUGAAUCGAAGGACACGCCUGGUAGCUACCUUCGUCACUACAACUUUGUUCUCCAACUGGGCGCCAACGACAAUUCGAAGACGUUCAAGGAAGACGCCACGUUCUGUUCGGUCGCUGGUCUCAACGGCUCGGGCAGCACAAUUCGAGCUUGGGGUUACCCAACCCGAUACUUCCGCCACUUUGAUAAUGUGGCCUAUAUUGCAAGCAACGGUGGAGUUCACUUUUUUGAUGCAGCCAAUUCGUUCAAUGCGGACGCUACGUGGGCGGUGGGCUCAAGCUUUGCGUGAAUUAUUGACAACGUGAACAGGUAGCGGAUAGAUUCAAGUAUCAGCUCUACGCUGAAAUACUCACGAGAUACGUCGAUGCGUCUCCUAUAAAACAUUUGUCUGGUUCUAUAGGCGGCUCGACAGCAAACAUUGAGCCAACAUCGCGUUCAUUUCAUGUUUCUCGGU